CAGCGGGGACUACUGGAAGAGAAACAAAGGCAUAAAAACAACUGUCAACAAAGAAUUUGAUGGCGCUUUCAGUGCGCGUAUUACUUUGUAUGGCAUUACGGCAAUCAUCUAGAAGAUGUAGAGUUAGUAGCUACUAUACUUAGUGUCUCGAGGUACGUUGCGCAUGUAGACCCGAUUCUGGAUGGGGGACUGAUUAGUGAUGUGCACGGCCCGGCCUCAAGCCGUGGGCCAGGCCAGGCCAGGCCAAAGUCAUGGCCUGACCAGGGCUUUGGCCCGGCCCAUGAUUCUGAAAAGCCGGGAGCCGGCGGCUCAGGCCACGGCUUUGAGAGUUUGUGGGAAACAUUUAUGUAAAAAUAGAAUGAGCGCAAAUUGGUUCCUGAUGUCGAGCACAACGGUCGCUUCAAGAACUCGACUUUGAUGUCACGACAAUGUCCACUCCACGGACAUCCCGCGCGACGUUCUCUGGCUUCAAUAGGGGAAACUCGUGUUGCUAUGCAUCCAGUACGCAAAACUAAGCCUACUGCUGCGCUUCUUCAUUCAGCGGAACCAGCAACUUUUUCCUUCCAGAAGAAGGCCGUCAAUGACUUUCGCAUUGCUGAGGCUGCACGACAUGCUGAACAGGCAGAAAAUAUUGAGCCAAUCCCAACGCCAACCUCCUCAUCUCUGCCUGCUCGUCUCAUCUCAUCCAUCUCAUCUCCCUCAUUCUCCUCCUCGCCUUCUUCCCUCCUCCUGCUCUCAUUUGUCGUCCGCAUUC